AUGGCCUCCGGCCAACCUUUCGCGUCGCGCUCGUACGCCGGCACGAAAAUGCCCGACCGCUCUGUCAACGCGAACGCCAUGCCCUUCAGCGCCUCGUCGUUCUCCCGGCAUCGCGGCCUCGCCAAUCCCGGUGCAGGCGAAUUCGGCGCCGACGGUGCGAAGCAGACACAGCAGAAUGCGCAGCCGGCGACAAACGCGCAGUCUCACGGCCCUGCGCAGGAUACCAACCCGCUCAACCGCCUGACGGAGGAGCAGAGGGAGGAGAUUAACGAAGCUUUCACCCUCUUCGACCUCGACCGCGACCGCCACCUAGACUACCACGAACUGCGCGUCGCCUUCCGCGCUCUAGGCUUCACACUGAGCAAACAAGAGCUCAUCUCCCUACUAACAACAUACGGCGUGCCCCGACCCCAAGUCCAAGCCCAACAAGCUCAAGCCCAAGCCCAAGGACAGCAAGCCGCACAGGCGAACAAGGGUCCCGUGUCGAACCCGCAACACCCGUCCAACCUGCUCAUGCCACUUUCGUCCUUCCAGGCUGUGACCGCGCUGAAGAUUCUUGAGCGCGAUCCGCGUGAUGAGAUUCUGCGCGCUUUCGAGCUGUUUGAUGAGGGGGCCAAGGGUUUCAUUGAUCUUGAGGAUUUGAGGCGUGUUGCUAGGGAGUUGGGGGAGACGGGGCUUGAGGAGGAGGAGCUUAGGGCAAUGAUUGAGGAGUUUGAUCUUGAGGGGGUUGGUGGUGUUACUCGUGAGGCUUUUGUUGGGAUUUGUUGGCAAUGA